GGACGGGGCGCACAUCUGCACUUCAGAGCGAGGUGUGGUCAGUCCGAGCGAGCAGGUAGGCCGGUCAGCACAGCUGCAGACGCACUUCAUCUUCAGGAUACCUCCGCUCCCUCUCCCUCCGGCAGACCAACACCGGCUCCAGCACGAUGCCCAAGUGCCCCAAGUGCCAGAAGGAAGUUUACUUCGCUGAGAGGGUGACGUCGCUGGGAAAGGACUGGCACAGGCCCUGUCUGAAGUGCGAGAAGUGCAACAAGACGCUGUCAGCAGGCUCACACGCGGAGCAUGAUGGCAAGCCAUACUGUAACAACCCCUGCUACGGUGCACUGUUUGGACCCAAAGGAUUUGGGCGCGGUGGAACCGAGAGCCACUCAUAUAAAUAGACAGGUUCAGGUUCAGGCCUCGCAGUAAAAGUGGUGCUGGGAAAGUAGGUCGCAGAAGCCAGCAUGCUCACGAGUCCCAAUAAAAACCAGCAACCAAACUGUGCUCUGAUUUAGAAGAAACAUUUUGAGAGCGUGUGUUUUUAUUUCAUGGGUUUCCUUUUUGUUUUUUUGUUUUUUUGGUCUCUGUUUUUUUGAAGAUGAUUGUAUAUUCCCAUGAUGUAGUAAUGAAGUGGUCGUCCUCUAGUCUUUUGCUGUUCUUAAGGUGGACAUUCUGAUUAAACACUUUUUAAAAUUGG